ACAUGUUCACGUCACAAGAGGAUUCGAAAGAACGAUUUCGUGGACCGUUUUAUAAGUUAAGAAUAUUUAGCUUCGAUCAAAAACAAAGGGAAGAGAAUCUAAGCCAAAUUCGAAAACACAAUGUCCAUCGCCGAUCGCGUGUCCUACCGUCGCGCUCUGCUGCAGAGGGGGUUCCACAUCGGUGCGAAGAUUGGCCAAGGAACGUUCUCCUCUGUACGGCUCGCCAAGCACAUCAAUCGACGCGGGAAGGUCACGCUGCUUGCCUGCAAGAUCAUCAAGCUGGACCAGUGUAAUGACGAAUUGCGGGAAAAGUUCUUGCCACGGGAACUGGAAAUAAUCACCUCCCUCCAGCACCCUCACCUGCUGCACGCUAGUCGAGUGGUGCAGCUGGACCAGCGCGUUUUCAUCUUCAUGCAGUACGCCUCCGGUGGUGAUCUGCUGCAGUACAUCAAACAGCACGGACCGCUCAAAGAGUCCGCCGCUAAACGGUGGUUCCAGCAGCUGUUGAUCGCAAUCUGCUUCCUCCAUUCGAAGGGAAUCGCCCAUCGGGAUCUGAAGUGUGAGAACAUACUGAUCAACGGUCGGCACGAGCUGUUGGUAGGUGAUUUUGGGUUCGCCAAACGCUGCUGCGACACACCGGGGCAACCGAUGGCCACUGAUGAGGACCAGCGCCAUCACAGCUGGUCAGAAACGUUCUGCGGAUCGCUAGCAUAUGCGGCACCGGAAGUGAUCAUGUCACAACCGUACGAUCCAAUGGUGGCCGAUAUCUGGUCGCUGGGUGUCGUACUGUUUGUCAUGCUCAACUCUGCCACACCGUUCGGUGAAGAUAACCUGGCCCGAUUGGUGAGACUACAGACGGAUCGAAUGUACGUCUACAAUGACCAUCUCGCCAAACCGCUAACCACCGAAGCGCGGAUGGUCAUCGAUUUAAUGCUGGAACCGUAUCCGCAGCAGAGGAUCACACUGUCCCAGCUGAGGAAGAUGUAUUGGCUGCUUACAAAGUAGGUCAAAGUGACGUUGGAC